AUGUAUAUGAGUCAACAAUUGAAUAAUACUGUUGCACCUUUUCUUACUGAUCAAGAUUUAAAUAAAAUGUUCCAUUAUAUUUUUGAACUCUAUGAUUAUGAUGCUUCAGGAAAAUUAGCUUUUGAAGAUUAUAUAAUACGUGAACGUGGUCAACAAGUAUUUAAUUAUCUCAAUAAAUAUAACAAUUUAUCAUAUUUAAAUAAAAUGAAAUCAGACGAUAAUUCAUCGAGUAUAUUAAAUAAUAAUUUUCAAGAUCAUUGGAAUAAAGUUGAUAUUGAUGGGACUGGACGUGUAUCAAAAGAUAAAUUUAUUGAUUAUAUAAGCAAAAUCAAAUGA